AACAUUGUGAAAACAAACAAAUAAAAAUAAAAAAAAAGAGCGGCGCAAUGCCACGUCCAUUAAAAACAACUUAUGGUGAUCAGAAACCGCCGUAUUCAUAUAUAUCUCUGACUGCAAUGGCUAUCCUGCAGUCGCCGCAGAAAAUGUUAUCGCUCAGUGAUAUAUAUCGCUUUAUUAUGGAACAAUUUCCAUAUUAUCGUAACAACAUGCAAAAAUGGCAAAACUCAUUGCGACAUAAUUUAAGUUUCAACGACUGCUUCAUAAAAGUGCCUCGUAACAUUAGCAAAGCCGGCAAAGGUUCUUACUGGACCCUUCAUCCAAAGGCAUUCGAUAUGUUUGAAAACGGCAGUUUGUUGAGGCGACGCAAGCGAUUCCGAGUCAAACAUCUUGAUGAGGAUUUCUUAAAUUCGAAACUGACAACAACAUCUGCAUAUAUCAAAUUCAUCAACGAUCCAAGUAAAGUUCAUCAAAAAUCAACAACAACUAGUAGCAGUUUCCAUCAAAACUGGAUGCUUGAAAGUGCAGCACAAAAUACUCUAAAUCAACAAUGCAAAUACCCUAUAGGAAAUGAAAGUGAAUUCGUCGAAAGUAUGCCAACACGUCCCAAGCGAGCAUUUACCAUUGAGAGUCUAAUUGCUCCGGACAUAGAAGCCACUAACGAUGAAAGAUCUUGUCAAUCUGUUCACAGAAAGCAUGGAGCAACAAACAGCCGAUAUCCACAAGUUAAUUCUGAUUCAAAUCAAAGCGCGCACCAGUUUCUACUGUCGAACUUUAAUCAAUUAAUUACACAGCAGCAUAUUUAUUUACCCACAAUCGCGUAUCAGUUAUAUAAUCCGCAACAAACUUUAAAUGCUAUGUAUAUGUAUCAGAAUAAGCACUUGUAUGAUCGUCACAGCUCAUUCCGAUUAAAUGGACCGUUAUCCGUAUUUUAAUGAAAAUCAUAUCAUAUAAAAGUUAUACACAUUUAGAUAAACAUAUUCUUAAACAUCAGGCAUAUUGACUAAGCUUGUUUUGUGAUAAUUCAUUACUUAAUAAAAUAUCCACAUUUUGUCAAAAGCUCAAUGAAAAAGUAAA